AAGAAUGGACACCAACAUAGAGGGGGGACUGAUAAAGAGAUGGACACACGGCAUAUGAGGAGGUCUUCUGAUCUGGAGAACAUGAUCAGUAAUCUCAACAAUGCACUCAGACGUUUUGAGCAAAAGCAGGAUGUCAUGCAAAAAAUGCUGGGGGAGCACAGAGGCGAGCAAAGAAAAUCUGCAGAGGACCAACAGUCAGCAGUCCAAAAGCAGACAUUGAAGAAGACGGAGGAUGAUGCAAAUAUCCAAUCCCAAAAUGAGGCAGCCCAAAUGAAAAAGUCUGAACAACUGUUCCCUAACUCGGCCUUGUUCAAUGAGUGGGGGGCAAAUCUCUCUGAGGAUGACCAAAGAGAGGCUCAGAGCCUGUAUGAGAAGUAUGGGUACAAUGUUUUUCUGAGCGACCGCCUCCCUCUGGAUCGACCUCUCCCAGAUACCAGAGAUCCUCGGUGUUUGAAAAAGAGUUACCCCAAGGACCUGCCAAGUCUCAGUGUGGUGCUCAUCUACCUGGAUGAAGCCCUGUCUGUUCUCCAAAGAGCCCUGCGCAGCAUCAUCGACCGCACUCCGAAAAACCUGCUGAAGGAGAUAAUAAUGGUGGAUGACAAUAGUUCUAAUGAAAAUCUGAAGGGUGACCUUGACAUGUAUGUGAAGUUGCUUGAGCAGAAAAACCCUAAUCUCCGUAUUGUGAGAGUGAGGCACAGCGAGCAGAGAGGUCUCGCUUAUGCCAGAGCAUCCGGGUGGAGGGCUGCUACUGCUGACGUGGUGGCCAUCCUGGACGCACACAUCGAAGUCCAUGAGAUGUGGGCUGAACCUCUGCUGACACAGAUUAAAGCUGACAGAACUGUGGUGGUUUCCCCGGUGUUUGAUAAAAUCAGCUUUGAUGAUCUCAAGGUUACUAAAUAUUUUGCUUCUGCACACGCCUUCGACUGGGCUCUGUGGUGCAUGUAUGAGAGUUUUACACCCGAGUAUUACAAACUUAAUGACAGUUCACUGCCCGGCAAGAGUCCAUCUGUCAUGGGGAUCAUGGUUGCUGAUAGAAAGUUUCUGGGGGAAAUUGGAGUCCUUGAUGAAGGAAUGAAAGUGUAUGGUGGAGAAAAUGUUGAGCUGGGAAUUCGUGUAUGGACAUGUGGAGGCAGUGUUGAAGUUGUCCCAUGUUCCAAGAUCGCCCACAUUGAGAGGGCCCACAAGCCCUACAUGCCUGACCUGAGUCCUGUCAUGAAGAGAAAUGCCCUCAGAGUUGCAGAGAUCUGGAUGGAUGAAUACAAGCACAACGUUAACUUGGCUUGGAACAUCCCAUUUGAGAAUCAUGGAAUUGACAUAGGCAACAUUUCAGAGAGGAAGAAACUCAGAGAAAGGCUGAACUGUAAACCUUUCAAAUGGUACCUGGAUAAUGUGUAUCCUAAGCUGGAUCCCUGGGACGACCUACUCGCAUAUGGAGGAAUGAAAAACCUUGAUGCUGACAUGUGCAUAGACCAGGGUCCAUUACCAGGUCACACACCUGUCGCCUACAACUGCUACUACUAUGGACCUCAAUUAACACACUAUCGUGGAACGGGUGAGCUCUACAUUGGUGGCAUCAAGUCACAUAAGUACAAUGACAACCGAUGUUUAGCUGACACAGGCACAGAAGAAACUGAGCCUGGCCUGUACAACUGUAAGGAGGCUAUGCAGAAAGGCAUGGGGAUAUACUGGGACUUCACUCAGGAAAAAGAACUGAAGAACAGACAGACAAAGAGAUGUCUGGAAAUUAUAAACCAGAAACUUGUACUACAGGAAUGUACAGGUCAAAGAUGGCAAAUUCAACACAUAAUCAAACCCUUUUAAAGUGUGUUUGAGCUCUGCUCAUAGGGCCGUGGAUAAAUUACACCUGGUUCCUCUACUGAGAACAUUACAUUUAUUUUUGCCUCCAGCAUUUUUAAUGUGGCAUUUUUUUUAUAAUAAAAAGUUAUUUUGAAGAAAUACCUUAAAUAUUAAAAUUGCUUUUGUCUGCAAUGGCACAACAAACUUUGAGGCUGUCAGAAAAUAUGAAAUAGAAUUACACAGUUGUGAAAUCUUAGCAGGUGCCAAGUAUAUGUCUUUACUAUGGUGACAUGAGUUACACUGCAUUUGCCUACAACACCAUACCUCAUGCAGCCACACGUGCACACCCUGUACAACAAAUGCAUUUUCCUUCACAUAUUCUAUCCCAGUGCACAUGAAAGUAAAAUUCAUGCUAGGAAAUAUGGGAAUGUCUUUGUCACGCUUUUCUGUAAAAACAUCUAUUAUGACAGUUAACAGAUUAUUGCUUGCUUGGUUUGUCCUGUGAAGAGGUUUAAGCUUUAUAAGCCUGGGUUGAUGCUCCUGAGGGAGAGUUCGAGAUGGCACUGUAGGAUUAAAGUGCUGGCUAGUAGACUAAUAGCCAUGGGCUUUACAUGCUUUGAGUUUCCUUGGGUUGUAAGUUUGCUUUUCUAUAGUUUUUUUCUUUUGUGGUUUAUACCACCAAUCUGCCUUGUUAUCAGCAUCUGUAAAUAAAUUGCACAUUGGGUGAAGAGAAUUCCUGCUUCCAAGUGUUCUUCCUCCGCUAAGGCCCUCUUAGAAUAACCGUGUCACAUUCAUUUUUAUUUUCACAUACAUUUUAUUGCUUUACUAUGUUUAGCUUUUGGUUGGUUGGUUACAGGAGGAUAAAGAAGUGAGAAAAAUAGAAAUGGACCACAA